AUGUAUAAUAAUUUUAAUGGAACGCUCGGCGCCAACACAAAAUUUGUGGACACCACAGCUCAGUAUGACGCAGUGCGAGCUUAUUUGAAGGAACUGGACAUCUCCAGCGCCGUUUGGGUCGGCCUCAUUAGGAGCAAUCCUGAUGGUGACUUCACAUGGACAGACUACAGAGGUUUAAGUGGCGAAGGAUAUUGGAGCUCAGCUCCAGAUUCGAGGACGGCACCGCUUUGUGCCGCGGCCGACCCUGCUUCUGACUACCGCUGGGAUGCGAGAGCGUGUGGAGGACCUUCCGUUGCUUCAUUUAUUUGUGAAUUACCAGUACCACAAUGGGCGCUGGGUAGUGAGGGGUGUAUGCUGAAAGCUCUACCGGCGCUGACUGUGCUGUAUCUACCAGAAAGUGCAGCUGUGCAGCUCACCACUGAUUGUGGUCUGGCGGGAGUUCGACGAGUUCAAUGUACAGGAAAUGUUAAAAGAGAAGAUCUACUCAAAGAUUUAUCGUGCUCUGAGGAUGAUACAUCAACUACUCUUUGGAAUGUUCACUUUACUGGAAAUGAUAUGGAAACAACUACAGGUCUCAUGUUCGAUGGAGACUCGGUGACGGGCGAAAAUAUAAUGACAGAGCAACAAGAAAUUCAGCAAAGUACUGUAAAAUCUUCAACAACGCAAACAUUUAAUUUGGUUACACAAAACGUACCAACAAAGCAAAAUCGACAAAAUUCGAUGUUCGAUAAAGUUCCAGAUUUGAAUAUAAUCGAAAACAACAACAUCUACAAUAAUAUACCCACCGGACCAUAUAAGACAGACUUUUCAAGUACUGAGUAUGCAAAUAAAUUAGAAGAUGAGAGACAUAUGCAUCACAAAUUAUUACACGAUGAGCUAGCCCGACUUGGGAAUUUCGAAAGUAUAUUUAAUCAAGCUACUGAUCAUUUCGUACCACCACUAGUAAUGGCAAAAGCUAAAUUAGGUAACGACAUGAAUGCUAUGUCUUUCGAAGAAAAGCUUGCUCAGGAGCACGAAGAUUAUGAAGAAAUGACGAAACAUUCAAAUGACAUGAAAUUAAUCAACAAAAACAAUGUAGUUACAACCCAAGUACCACAAUAUAAAACAACAGAUAAUAUUAUAAUUAAUACGCAGGAUCUAAUACAUGAAAAUAAGGAUAAAGAAAUUACGAAAAAAAUAGUACCAAAAAAAUACUUUUCUAAACAAACAAAGCCACUUGACGUUAAACGUAAAUCACUUCCUGUUAUAAACCUUAAAGCAUCAUUAGAUGACGAAAUUAACAUUACUCCUACUUCUUCAAUUACAACACCUCAUACAAAAGUUAUCACUCCUAAAUAUGACGUACAAAAUAAUACAGACAACGAUGAAAAAGAUGAAACCUCAAUUGAACUUACUGUAAUUAUUCGUGAACCUACAACAAAUUUAAAAGAUAUAGAGUAUAAUUUAUCAAAUGGUUCUGAUAUGAUAACAAAAUAUUCUCAUAAAGUUUUUAACUCUUCUGUAACAUAUAAUGAUCUUUCGGAACAUACAGUAUUGAUAACGAAACCUAAUUCCACAAUUGUAGGUAACGCAGAAAUAAUACAAGAGAUAAAUUCUUUAAAUGAUAGUUUUGUGGAAUCCAAUCCAUCGACAACAGACACUACCCAUCAUUCUUAUGAAGUAUUUAGCACGUCUGAACCAUAUAAAAACGAUUUUAAUCGUGAGGUUAUUCAGACAGAAGCUAAAAUUGAUAUCGUAAGUGGUAAAAGCAAGCAUGUAGUUGAAUCAAAACUAAAUCAAAUACUCGAUUUAGAAAAGUCAACAGAACAACCUAUUUUCAAAGAUGACAUAGAAAAUAAUAAUGUAACUACAGAGAGUUUCCUAGAUAUUAUUUCUCAUGUAACAAGUUUUGAUUCCAAUAAUAGUAAUGUUCUGAUUAACCAAACAAACCAUAUGUAUAUCAAUAAUAUGGUUACCUCUUCACCUGAAAGUAAUAUGACCGAAAAUCGUCAUAAUAUUAAUAACAGUUCACAUAAUAAUUAUACUUUGGUAUCCGAAGUUUUUGUAAUUAAUGUAACUCAGGAUGAAAUACCAAAUAUUAUUAUUAAUGGAAAUAUUACGGAAAUUAUAGAACCUUCUGAAAACUUGGAAAGCAAUAUUGAGCUGCAUUUGAGUAGUAAUUCCAGCGAAGAAGAAAUCGAUGACUUUCAAUCACCAUUAUUAUCCGGAGCGGAUGAUUCUGAAAUUCAUAAGCCAAUGCGCACCCGAAGGAUUCAAAAUGUUCAAAACCGCGGUAAAAAGUUUAAUCCAUUCCGCAUUUUAGGUUAG